AAACCCAAAAUUGAAAUGGGUUCGGCAAAGGAAUGAUGACGUGUCAUCCACGUGGCAGUUGUUGGGUCUUUCUUCUUUGCAAAACCAAACCUUCAAUUCCAUUUCCCAGCUGUCACUCCUUUUAUUAGUUUCUUUUUUCUUCUUCUCAAACGACCUUUUUCGUUUUAUGUUGUUCUUCUUCUCCGGUCUAAAUCUUCCUUCUCUUGCCAGUUCUUAUCGUGAUUCUUCAAACGUAAUCGAACAUUAGUUUCGUUCGGUACGAUUGGAUUCUAGAAUUUCUUGCUAGAUGGAAGAUACAGUUACUCCUCCUCCUGCAGUUAUUAAUACAUCCUCUCCGGAUUUGUUGAAGAACACUCCUUCCAACAUCGCCAGGUUAGAAGACGUAAUCGAGCAAUGCCGUGGCCGACAAAAGUAUCUCGCUCAGACCUCAAGUCCGUCUGAUGGCAGUGAUGUUCGUUGGUACUUCUGUAAAGUUCCUUUGGCUGAAAACGAGUUAGCUGCUUCAGUACCUGGCACUGAUGUAGUAGGAAAGAGUGAGUAUUUCCGUUUUGGUAUGAGGGAUUCUCUUGCCAUUGAGGCUUCUUUCCUCCAGAGAGAAGAUGAGUUGUUGUCACUCUGGUGGAGAGAGUAUGCAGAAUGUAGCCAAGGCCCUAUACCACAAGUUAGUCCUAAAACAAUACCGAAUAAGCAGUCAGUUGAAGCUUCUGUGUCCUCUAGUCUGUAUGCAGUUGAAGAGGAGAGAGUUGGUGUACCUGUUAAGGGUGGGCUAUAUGAGGUGGACUUGGUUAGGAGACAUUGUUUUCCCGUGUACUGGAAUGGAGAUAACCGGCGUGUGCUUAGAGGCCAUUGGUUUGCUCGUAAAGGUGGCCUAGACUGGCUUCCCAUUCCAGAAACUGUUGCUGAACAGUUGGAGGCUUCAUAUCGUAACAAGGUUUGGCACAGAAGAAGGUUUCAACCAUCUGGGCUAUUUGCAGCUCGUGUCGAUUUGCAGGGUUCCAGUCUGGGACUUCAUGCCCUCUUUACCGGGGAGGAUAGUACUUGGGAAGCUUGGCUUAAUGUUGAUCCCUCUGGGUUCUCUGGCUUUGUUGGCUAUACUGGGAAUGGAAUUAAGUUGAGACGCGGUUAUGCUGGCUCCUACUCUCCUAAACCUACACAGGAAGAACUACGCCAACAAAAGGAGGAAGAAAUGGAUGACUAUUGUUCACAAGUCCCUGUUAGACAUCUUGUAUUCAUGGUUCAUGGUAUUGGCCAAAAAGGUGAAAAGUCUAAUCUUGUUGACGACGUUGGAAACUUCCGUCAAAUAACAGCAGGUUUAGGGGAACGUCAUCUAACCUCUCAUCAGCUCGGCACUCAAAGACUCCUUUUCAUCCCAUGCCAGUGGAGGAAGGGUUUAAAGCUAAGUGGUGAAGCUGCUGUUGAUAAAUGUACUUUAGACGGUGUACGGGGUUUGCGAGAGAUGCUGAGUGCAACUGUUCAUGAUGUGUUAUACUACAUGAGCCCCAUCUAUUGUCAGGCUAUAAUUGAUUCGGUCUCAAACCAGCUCAAUAAACUGUAUCUGAAAUUUAUAAAGAGAAACCCGGACUAUGAUGGAAAGAUUUCCAUUUAUGGACAUUCUCUGGGGAGUGUUCUCUCCUAUGACAUCUUAUGUCAUCAGCACAAUUUGUCAUCCCCAUUUCCAAUGGAUGCAGUGUAUAAGAAAUUCUUUCCAGAUGAAGAAUCUCCUCCAAGUCAAGCUAGCGCUGAUGAACAUUGUAGUUCGCAUCAAUCAUCAGAAAAUGAGCCAGAGAAAUCUAACCAGUUGAAUAACGCCGAUGAAAUCACAGGUCAAGAUAAUGACAUGAUGGAUAAAAAAUCAACGUUGUUGGAGCAUCAAGAUGCCAUUCAAGAAAGCCCUUCGUCGGUCUCUGAUUCUGUAGUGGACACCGUGGGGUUGGAGGAUGACCAUGAUGAUGAUUCUAGUGGUGCUAUUUCCUCACAGUAUGGACCAGAAGGAGCUGACUGUAGAACGCGUGAUUCUUCUUCUUCCCCAGGAAAAUCAUGGGAGGAAAAAUGUGAAAAUUCCAAUACCGACGAGAUGAUCAAGUUAUUACAGGAAGAGGUUAAUUCAUUGAGGUCAAAAGUAGCGCAACUGCAAUCAGAAAAUGCCAGAAUAACCGAUGAAAAGAACAAGACAUGUAUGAUAUCUGAGAAGGCGCCAACUAAAGAUGCCACUGCACCUUCUAGCUUUACUCCUUAUAUCAAGUACCAAAAGCUCGAGUUCAAGGUUGACACUUUCUUUGCAGUUGGGUCUCCUCUUGGAGUCUUCCUCGCCCUUCGAAACAUACGUCUAGGGAUAGGUAAGGGAAAAGAUUACUGGGAAGAGGAGAGUGUUAUCGAAGAGAUGCCAGCUUGCCGUCGAAUGUUCAAUAUUUUUCACCCCUAUGAUCCUGUUGCAUAUAGAGUGGAGCCACUUGUCUGCAAAGAGUACCUUCCCAAACGACCUGUUAUUGUUCCUUACCACAGAGGUGGCAAGCGGCUGCAUAUUGGGUUACAGGAUUUCAAAGAGGAUUUUAGGGCGCGUUCAGAGAGAGCAAUGAAUCAUUUUUAUUCCCUAAGGACAAGAGUUCUUACGAUUUGCCAAUCCAAAAGCUCGGAUGAACUAGAAGAGACGGAAGAAACCGAUGACGACGAGGAUGGAAGGUCAUAUGGCUCCUUAAUGAUGGAAAGGUUGACUGGAACUCGAGAUGGUCGAAUAGAUCACAUGCUACAGGAAAAAACUUUUAAGCAUCCGUAUCUACAAGCCAUAGGAGCUCACACAAACUAUUGGAGAGAUAAUGAUACUGCUCUGUUCAUAAUCAAACACUUAUAUCGCGAGUUACCAGAUGAACCAAACUCACCCAUGGAAUCCACAGAAGGAGAUGACAGUCCAAAAGUCUCAAGUAGACCUCAUAGCUGGAUAGACAGAGGAGAGUCUGACGAAGAGCUUCCUUUAACAUUCUCCAAUAAAGAACUCGCUAGAAGCUUCUCUGCAGAAGCCAAGAGAUAUCUGAAGAAGCCUUAAAACACUUUGACCAUAGGUUUAAAUACUGAAGUCCAGCAAAAAUGCUACCUGAUUUUGUUUUUGUUUACUGUGUGCAUAAGUAACAUGUGGUGCAGGAAAUGUGAAAAAAGAAAGAAAAGAAUGUAUCAAAGCUCUAUUGGUUUGUCUCAUUGUAACUAUAAUUUUAACAGAUAAUAAAAGAGAGCUUCCUUUUGUGGGCA